AUGUUGUUCUCGCUGGUCGCUACUACCCUCGCAGCCGCCUCCAUCGCCGCUGCCGAAACCAUUACAGUCAAAGUCGGCGGCCAAGGUGGCGCCCCGACCUUCUCGCCCAACAACGUCACCGCAAAGGUGAACGACGUCGUCGUCUUCCAGUUCAGCGGAUCGCCAGGUAACCACACCGUCACCCAAUCAAGCCUGGCAUCUCCGUGCGAGCCCAUCCAGGGAGGGUUCGACUCUGGCUGGGUCGCGGUUCCCGCCAACGUGACCGAUGCCAGUGUCGCACCAACAUUCGCUCUGACCAUCACCAAUGCUGACGUCCCCAUUUGGUACUACUGCAAGCAACUCAACCCGAAAGGCCCCAAGCCCCAUUGUGAACUUGGCAUGGUGGGCGUAAUCAACCUCGGCUCCAAAUCAUUCGAACAAUUCACCGCUUCUGCUGCUGCUGCCACUACAGUCGGCCAGUCUCAGGGAGGCCUUUCGGGGAUCAACGCGUUUGCUACCGCCCUCCCAUCCCCUGUUGCCGCUGGCAGUUCUUCUGGCGCCCCCGCCUCGAGCAGUUCCGGGGCUCCCGGUGGAGACAAGAAAAACGGGGCUGUCUCGUUCCGCGCGGGAGGUAUGGUCGCGGGUAUCGCGGGUGUUGCUGCUGCUGCUUUGAUGUUGUAA